AUGGCCAACGUCGCUGUCUUUUCCAAGGCUACUCCCUUCGCCGACCAGUUCGGAAACAAAUACAGCUGGAAAACCGCUGGUCCUCCCAGCCUUACAAAUCCGUUCCUCGCAAACCUCGAGCGAGACAACCUACCACCAACCGAUCCGAUGGACAUUGACAUCUGUCCACCUGCCGAAGCCAAUAACGGCUUCAACACCAACGAAAUCCACGAUGUCGAGAUGAUCGAUAUCGACGCACUUGACGCACUCGACGCCGACGUCACCAUGGGGGACCAACAACCCAGGUCCUCCUCCAACGCACCGUGGCCAAGACACCGAAACCAGCCGAACCACACCCACCCCGGAGGGUCCAGGGGUGGGCAACGACAGGCCGGGCCACGGAAUCGAUUUCCACAGCCUCUGAAUCGCCAGAGGCACCCCGAACAAGCCCGGCAACAACAGUCACACCGGGACAACUUGAAAACACCCUUCCGAGGGUCCCGCGGGAACAACCCGCCAAAAUCGCCGCCCUCCCAGACCACCGGGUCACCGCCUUCACGACAAGGCUUCCAGGGCAACGGCGGCCGACGCCGACCGGGUCGCCGGCAACGGCAACGACAACAACCCCAAUCGCCGGGGGAAGGAGCACGAUGCUCCCACAUCGGACGUUACCGGGUCCAGGCAAAAUAA